AUGGCUCCUACCAGCUUUGCUUCAUUACCGCCAGAACUUCGAAUCAAAAUAUACAAGCUCGCACUUUAUAACACGCCCUAUGUCAGCUUCCGCUCAAAGUCUGACAAAUCAAAAUGUAGCUCAUUCGAGUGUCACGUCGGCAGGGCACUCCUCGAGGUUCAGGCAUCCAAUGCUCUCUUUGCAGCUGAAGCUCGUCACAUAUUCUUCGGGUCAAACUGUUUUAUCCUUCACGUGGCGGAUAUCUCUGACUUCUUGAUCGGCAAGCGUGACCAGCCUCGUGCUCAGGUUUCAUAUGACGUCAGUCACCUGGUGCGAAGAAUCAAGCUCCAAUCAUGGCGGAAGGGAUUCUGGGAUACCCAUUUUCCAGUAUUUAGACGCAACAUACAUGCGCUUCGAGAUUGCGUGAAUCUUUGGAUUGUGCAAAUGCACUUCCGUUUCCCGGGUGUUUGGCGGCAAUGUUGGGUGUAUCACGCAAUGACGCGGUUGGACCAAGUGCUGAGACAAUCUUUCUUCGCUCGUCAGCUCAGAGUGAAAAUUCAAGUGGAAAUUCUUGGCUGUCCGGAUGCUGGCAAUGUGUUUAUGUUCGAACGGAAAGGAUCUUGGGUCAAUUGCUGGGGAAAGUUCAAGGAAGAGGACCUUCAACAAAAGCUCGCGUUCCGGUCCGAUGUCGUCACAGGUUGUGGCUGCAAGAUCAGCCCACUUCAAAUUGAGCAGAAGAUCAAAGAGGUUCAAGAUCUGGGAUUGGACCGUGCUCAAUGGGAGACUUGGUGCACAUUUGCCGCCGCAUGUGGAUCAGUCAAACCUUCUAUUCUCGAAAUGGAUCGAGUAGCUGAAGCUUUGAGGUCUACAUGUAUCCCAGACGAUGUUUGA